UCGUCUGAACUCUGAAUCCAGCACCAGCAAUCUUAUCCUCCAACUGCCACAACCUCGCGCUUCUCUUUUCCCACCAAAGGGCAAAGGUGGGGAAGGACAAGGACCAAAAAUAGGGAAAAAAUGGCAACUACGUUCCUCUCUGCGAAUACCUUCGGUCCUUCCCUUCGAUCUUAUUCUUCUUCUUCUUCUUCGUCGUCGUUAACGCCAUCCAUUUGUGUUUGUUCUCACAAGUACAACCCCAAGAAACCCAACUCUCUCACUGUGGCAUUCUGCAAGACAGGAUCUGAAUCUCAACGUCCUUGUCCAAUUCUGACCAGACGAAGUCUCGCUAUCUACCUGACCACCACCUUGACUCUCUCAUUAUCUGGUAAGGACUGCUUCUCUAAUGCCUAUGCUGCUGUCCUAGAGGCUGACGAUGAUGAGGAGCUAUUGGAGAGGGUUAAGAGGGACAGAAAGAAGAGGCUCGAGAGGCAAGGCGUUAUUAAUUCAUUCGACAAAGAGAAAGCAUCUCUGCAAGAUCUCGUGUACAAGCUGAGCAAAGUGGGCCAAGCCAUAGAAAAUAAUGAUCUACCCACAGCAAGUUCAGUUCUUGGUUCAAGCACGGAUUCAGAUUGGGUUAAAAAAGUCAAUGUAGCUUUUACCAAGCUGAGUUCCAGUCCUGAAGAGAAGACUGAGGUUGAUACAUUCAAUUCCUCAUUAGCUUCCUUGAUUUCAUCAGUCAGUCAGAAUAACAUAGAAUCCUCCAAGAAAGCUUUUGUGACUUCUGCCAGUGCAUUGGAGAAAUGGACUGCAUUGGCUGGGCUGGUUGAGCAGCUUAAGGGCCUAUGAAGCAAAGCAGGAUUUUGGUUUCAACUCAUACCUUUCCUCAUUUGGAGGUCUUUUGCUUUUUCUUUUUCUUUUUUGUAAAGAGUCAUCACUCUUUUUUCUCUCAAGCUAUUUGUUUCUUUAUUUAGAAGUUAGAACUAGCCAGCCAUGGAUGAUUUAGAUUUUGAGGAUUGGCAAAUGUGAGUCUUCUGAUAUGAGCUUUGGUUGCUUUCUUAAUUUGCUCAUGCUUUUGUUAUAGCUUUCUAGAAUCAAUCAUUUUUGGUUAUUACUUUGUGGAAAUAAAACAACAAUGUGCUGUUACAACAAUGUUGGUUGGAUUCCUUUUUACCGGGUCCUUUUGACAAACUUAUUCACCCCUUUGCUUAUGCAUUUGAAGGUC